CAUAAAAGUCACAAAGAAAUGUCGGUGUCUUCCUUUGAAGUGAAUGCGGCAGCCGCCAUGCGCGAUUAUUAUGUCGAGCCUCGUCUUGACUACAGAACUAUCAGCGGAGUAAACGGUCCGUUGGUUGUUUUGGAGAACGUGAAAGGACCCCGUUUUUCGGAAAUUGUAAAUCUCCGUUUGGGAACUGGGGAGAUGCGAAAAGGAAAGGUGCUUCAAAUUUUUGGAAACAAGGCCAUUGUGCAGGUGUUCGAGGGAACGACCGGAAUCGAUAACACACGUACUCACUGCGAGUUCACGGGCGAUAUUAUGAGAAUGGCCAUCUCGGAGGAAAUGCUGGGUCGCACAUUCAACGGUUCGGGAGUGGCUAUCGACAACGCUCCCCCCGUCCUGGCCGAGGAGUACUUAGAUAUCGACGGCCAGCCCAUCAACCCCUACGCUCGCACAUACCCGAAGGAGAUGAUCCAGACGGGUAUCUCCGCGAUCGACGUGAUGAACUCCAUCGCUCGAGGCCAGAAGAUCCCUCUGUUCUCGGCUUCGGGUCUUCCGCACAACGAGCUCGGCGCGCAGAUUUGCCGUCAGGCAGGCCUGGUGGCGGGGAAGGACAUCCACGACGACCACGAAGACAACUUCGCGAUGGUGUUCGGCGCGAUGGGCGUGAACAUGGAGACGGCGCGUUUCUUCCGGAACGACUUCACGGAGAACGGCACGAUGCAGCGCACGGCGCUGUUCCUGAACCUGGCGAACGACCCGACCAUGGAGCGCAUCAUCACGCCGCGCAUCGCGCUGACCACCGCGGAGUACCUCGCGUACGAGCGCGAUCUGCACGUGCUGGUGAUCCUGACGGACAUGUCGUCCUACGCGGACGCGCUGCGCGAAGUCUCCGCGGCGCGCGAGGAAGUGCCGUCGCGCCGAGGCUACCCCGGGUACAUGUACACGGAUCUGUCGACGCUGUACGAGCGAGCGGGCCGCGUGACGGGCCGCAACGGGUCGAUCACGCAGCUGCCGAUUCUGACGAUGCCGAACGACGACAUCACGCACCCGAUCCCCGAUCUGACGGGGUACAUCACCGAGGGACAGAUCUACGUGGACCGGUCGCUGUACAAGCGCGGAAUCUACCCGCCGAUCAACGUGCUGCCGUCGCUGUCGCGACUGAUGAAGUCGGCCAUCGGCAAGGGAAUGACGCGCCACGACCACGGAGCGGUGUCCAACCAGCUGUACACGAACUACGCGACGGGCAAGGACGUGAUGGCGAUGAAGGCCGUGGUGGGAGAGGAGGCGCUGACGGCCGAGGAUCACUUCUAUCUGAAGUUCACGGAGGACUUCGAGAACACGUUCGUGAACCAGGGACCCUACGAGUCGCGGUCCAUUUUCGAUUCGCUGGACAAGGCGUGGAACAUGUUGCGCACCUUCCCCAAGGAAAUGCUGAAGAAGAUCCCGGCGGAGAUUAUCGAGGAGUUCUAUGCGCGAAAGGGAGUGGAGAUGCCCGAGGAAGAGGAGAAGAAGAAGGAGGAUGCUUAGAUUCAGU